GGUUCCAUCAUGGCAGAACUUAAGGUGGAAACCCUGGCCAGUGUGGACUGGCAAAAACGCUGCCUGGCCUUGGAGACCCAGCUUUUCCGGUUUCGCCUACAGGCCAGCAAGAUAAGGGAACUUCUGGCUGACAAGAUGCAAGAGCUGGAGCAGAGGCUGUUGGAGGCAGAGCAGAGGGCAGAGACUGCAGAGACCCAGGUGGGUGUGAUGGAAGAGAAAGUAAAACUGUCCAAUCUGAAGACCGUAGACUCAGCAGGCAGCCUGCACCAGAAGUACCAAGAAUUGCUGAAAGCCUUACAGGGCAAAGAUGAGCUCAUCAGUCAGCUGGAGACCCAGUUGGAGAAGCAGAAGCAGAUGAGAGCUGAGGAAGCAAAAAUAGUUCAAGAAAAAGCUGCAAAGAUCAAGGAAUGGAUCACACUAAAAUUGGCUGGGCUUGAGACAGAGAAUCAGCACCUGAAAAGCUGUAAUCAGCGCCUGAUGGAACAGAUGGGAGUUCUUCAAGAUGCGCUGGAAGCUCUUCAGGUGGCAUCUUUGGGGAAGUUGUUGGUGGUUCCCCAGGAAACCCCAGAACAGGAUGCUGUUACUGAAGGGCCUAGAAACCAGCCAAUCAGGCAAGACUGUGGUCCCCAGCUUGAGGGUUCCCUGAAGGUAACCAUGCCUACAUCUCCUUCAGGUGCCCUGCAGAACAAGGACCCUGCGCCUGGAGGUGGGAGCCCCUUGGAGGUCUCUGGUUCCAGCCUGGUCUACUCUGGGGAAAGAGCAGAGGCCAGGACUCCUCAGGCUCAUCUGGGAAGAGAGGACCCUACCAGCCCGCUGUGUGUGAAGCCUCUCACCCUUGGGGAGGGUUCUGCUUCAUGGGAUGAGGGCCUGGUCAGCACUGAGGGCAGGAUGCACCCUGGGACAAAGCACUCCAUCAGAGAAGGUGGCCCUGGCAGCAGCCAGACCCUUCCAAAGGCACAGACUUCUAGCAUCCCCAGGGACAGCAUCCAGCUGACCAAGCGGCACCACAGCCAGCCCCAGGUGGGCUCUGGCUGCUUUGACCAUAUGGUGAGCAUUGAGAUUGGUGCUGUCUCAGCCCUGCACCCCUCCAGCCUCCUCAAGGUGAAGACUGAAGCUGAGUGCCGGGAGGCACUGGAGAAGAUGGAGAUGGAAGAGCCACCCCUAGAAGGGAAGGAGAGGCAGGAGAGCCCGAAGAUCCCCAGAGCUGACCUCGGGGAGGCAGAGCUGAGGAACAAACCGCCCACACCACCCCUGCAUCGGUUUCCAUCCUGGGAGAGCCGGAUCUACGCCGUGGCCACUUCCGGCAUGCAGCUCUCAGACGCAGCUCCCAGAAGUAAUGCUGCCAGCUGCAUUUCAAGUCCAUCUGCCCAUGCAUCCCUGGGGCCUUUCUCCGGCCUUGUCUACAAGAAUGUUACGGUGCCUGUCUACACAGCCCUGAGAGGGAGAGCCAUGCAGAUCAGCAACAUGCCUUUUGUGGAUGAGUCCUCUGGGUCUGACGAUGACUGCAGCUCCCAAGCGAGUUUCCGAACUUCAGUUUCCUGCUCAGAAUCCAGGAAGACCAGUGGACUGGGCAGUCCCCGGGCCAUCAAGAGAGGUGUCUCCAUGUCUUCCUUGAGCUCCGAGGGCGACUAUGCGAUCCCCCCGGAUGCCUGUUCCCUGGAUAGUGACUACUCGGAGCCUGAGCACAAACUACAGCGCACCUCUUGCUAUUCCAUUGAUGGACUGGGCCUCGCUGGGGAGUCACUGGAGAAGUCAGGCUACUUGCUAAAAAUGGGAAGCCGGGUGAAGACAUGGAAGAGGCGCUGGUUUGUCCUGAGACAGGGACAGAUUAUGUACUACAAGUCCCCGGGUGAUGUCAUCCGGAAACCUCAAGGUCAAGUGGAACUGAACUCCCGCUGCCAAAUUGUUCGAGGGGAGGGCGCACAGACAUUCCAGCUCGUCUCUGAGAAGAAAACUUACUACCUGACUGCAGAUUCCCCCAGCCUACUAGAGGAGUGGAUCAGGGUACUGCAGAGCCUGCUGAAAGUCCAGGCCAUUGGGCCUCCAGCCCUGCCUCCGGGUGGUGCCAAGCCCACUGUGAAGGGCUGGCUGACCAAGGUAAAGCAUGGCCACUCAAAGCUGGUCUGGUGCGCUCUCAUUGGAAAAACUUUCUACUACUAUCGGAGCUAUGAGGACAAGCGACCCCUGGGCCGCCUGCCCAUGAGGGAUGCACGAAUAGAGGAAGUAGACCGAUCCUGUGACUCAGAUGAGGACUAUGAGGCCGGAGGAACUGGACGGUUGAUUUCCUCUCACUGCACCUUGGUGAUACACCCCCCAGAGCACAGCCCCACCUACCUCCUGAUCGGCACCAAGCAUGAAAAGGAUACAUGGCUUUACCACCUCACGGUGGCUGCAGGGGGCUCUAGUGCCAAGGUGGGCACUAUCUAUGAGCAGCUCAUUAGAAAAUUGAUGGAUGGUAAGGGCGAUCCAGAUUCCCCUCUCUGGAGGCAUCCCAUGCUGUGCUACAGUAAAGAUGGCCUCUGCGCCUCCCUCACCACCUUGCCCUCCGAGGCACUGCAGAUGGAGGCCCUCAAGCUCUUCAAGUCUUGCCAGCUCUUCAUCAACGUGCCUGUGGAAGCCACCUCAGUGGACUAUCACGUGUCCCUGGCCCAGACAGCACUACAAGUGUGCCUGGUUCACCCCGAGCUACAGAGUGAGAUCUACUGCCAACUCCUGAAGCAGACUAGGUGCCGCCCACCUCAGAAGUACUCCCUCAUACAGUGCUGGCAGCUCCUGGCUCUGUGUGCCCCCCUCUUCCUGCCUCAGCAUCAUGUCCUCUGGUACGUCAAACAGCAGCUCCAGCGCCACGCAGACCCCAGAAAUGAGACUGGCCAGUAUGCCACCUACUGCCAGCGGGCAGUAGAGCGGACUCUGCAGACUGGAGAGCGGGAAGCCAGGCCUUCUCGCAUGGAAGUGGUGUCCAUCUUACUACGGAACCCCUUCCACCACUCCUUGCCCUUCAGCAUCCCUGUGCACUUUGCCAAUGGGACUUACCAGGUCGUAGGUUUUGAUGGUUCCUCCACAGUCGAAGAGUUCCUCCAGCAGCUGAACCAGGACACAGGCAUGAGAAAGUCCUCCCACUCUGGCUUUUUCCUCUUCACGGAUGAUCCUUCUGGCAGGGACCUGGAACACUGCCUCCAGGGGAGUGUCAAGAUCUGCGAUGCCAUCUCCAAGUGGGAACAAGCCCUGAAGGAGCUCCAUUCUGGGAAGUCUGAGGGUGGCACACGUAUCGUGAAGCUGAUGUACAAGAACAGGCUGUACUUUCGGAGUCAAGUCAGAGGGGAGACUGAGCGAGAGCGGCUGCUGCUGGCCUCACAAACUAGUGGAGAGAUAGUGGCCGGGAAGUUCCCUGUCAACAAGGAACUGGCUCUUGAGAUGGCUGCCCUGAUGGCCCAGGUAGAAUAUGGAGACUUGGAGAGGCCUAUCCUGCCAAGUCCUGGGGGCACACCCCCUGCCAAAGCUCAGCAUCUCCUCCAGCAAGUCCUAGACAGGUUCUACCCAAGGCGCUACAGACACGGGGUCCCCCCUGAACAGCUGAGGCACCUGGCAGAUAUGCUGACCACAAAGUGGGCAGCACUACAAGGCUGUUCCCCUCCUGAGUGCAUCCGCAUCUACCUGACUGUGGCUCGGAAAUGGCCCUUUUUUGGUGCUAAGCUCUUUACUGCUCAGCCUGCCCAGCUACCUUUCACGGAGAAUGCUGUAGUGUGGAUUGCUGUGAAUGAGGAUGGUGUCAGCAUUCUGGACCACAACACUAUGCAAGUGCAUGUCACUUACCCCUACUCUUCAGUGACUACAUUUGGUGGCUGCCGGAAUGACUUCAUGCUUGUGAUUAGAACCAUUCCAGACCAGAGCUCUGGAAAAAGCCACAUUGAAAAGUUGAUCUUCCGAAUGACUGCUCCUAAGAUAGCAGAGGCUACUUGUAUCAUGGCCAGCUAUAUGAACCAUUGCUCUGCAACUGUGAACCCACCAAGCAACCCACCUGUUUCCCGCCAACCUUGGGAACUAGAUGGACGGCAGUUCUUUGCUUUUAUUCCACAUGCUACCAAGGGUCCAACAUUACUGUGA